AUGGCUGACAGGCUCGACAUCCAGCCUGGCGGGCCCGCAGCCAGGCGCGUCUACCUCACUUCGGAGCUAUUUCGACUCGUCCUCGACCACUUGGGGGUCGGAGGGUCUGUGCCUCUCUUGAGGCUCGAGAAGGCGUCAAUAGCGUCAGCCGCUGCGGUGGUGUAUAGAAGCGUGCAUGUCAGGGACAUGAAGAGAUUCUCCAGAAGCAAUCCCACACAUUGCAUCUAUCUCGACGCGGUCCGCGUCCUCGACCGGUCGUAUAUCCCUCCAGAGUUCGCCGUACUCUGCGCACGCCAAUUGUCGGUCGAGGUCCCCCGUACCCCUACUCGCUUCUCCCCCAAGACGGCUCUCAAUUCUUUCCGCCUCGCACAGAAGAAAUUCCCUCACGUGCGCUCUGUCCUGCUCAAACACAGAUCGGACGAUCGGGACGACGUGUAUGACAUGCACCGGAUCCCCGGAUCGGACCGGUUCAACGUAUAA